AUGACGAAGCGUGCCAGCAGUCCAGACGCCAAUCGCCGGCGCGUCAAGCCGACGCCUGUCGAUUUGAACAAGUUCCGCGUCACAAAUCUCAAUGACGGCGAAGCCGUGCAUCAGACAUGUAUCUUGAUCGAUGGCGAGUGUCCGAGUCUGGGCUAUGCCGAAGACACCAGCUUCGUCUCCGUCUCGUCGACCGACCAGGUGAGCCAAGUUCAGCAUACGCAAAACUGGCCAGUGGCAGCAGCAGCACAGGGCCAGUGGAAAGCGCUGGUCAUGCUGUCGCCGGGGGUCAACAGCCUCGUCUUCAAACUCCAUCAUGCUAGCGGGGUUUCCGAUACGAUUGAAAUGAACGUGACGUAUCAGCCGCUGCUCCAGCUGCCGCCGCUACAUCUAGCUAUCCUUGUAGCAAAGGACUCGUCCCUGUUGAUGGACUGUCCGCCGGCCAAGUUUGGCGGGAUAUCGACUGCCCACAGCAGUAUCGAUGCAGCCAUUUCCAAAUUCCGCGUUGCGGCGUACAUGUGGCAGGCGCUGACGGCCGAGGAUAUGCGUCAAAAGGGCUUUGGACGACGCUCGUUCCGGCUCGACGAGGAAUGGGUCCCAAACACUACACUACAAAAAACCCACCAGUCGGCGCACGAGGUCGCAGCCAGCAGUAUGGGCUGCAUGGCCAAGGUACAUCUCAUCCGGUCCGAAAAGACCGUGGCCCAGCUCCGAGACGCCAAUGUCGCUCAGCAGAACCCACGCGGGCACCGCAGGGAGGCAUUGCAUGAGUACUUUGAGUCAGCCCUGAAAUCCCACGGAGCGCCCUUUGACUCAACCUGCCAUCCUGUCGUCGCGGGCAUGAUCUUGGAUUCGCACUUUGAUCCAGAGACCUCGCUCAUCCUGGGCCACGCCGCGCUGGGCUGCCAUAAACCAAACGGAAUGUCCCUCGGCAUCUUCGGCAGCCACCUCACCUACUCCUGGCCGCGUUUUAUGGAAGAAAUCCCAGCAUGUCUGACCGAUACCACCCGCACUGGCGAUAUGGUUGGCAACGACAAUGGCGAGUGUGACACAAUGCGCGGCGCGUGUUUUGUCGGCCAGGGCGCCUUUUUGCACGAGGUCGGUCAUGCUUUUGGCGCAAACCAUACGACUGGAAUCAUGGCUCGCGGGUACAGCAAACACUGGAGUCGCAAUUUCCUCGCAAGUGCAGCAGAUAGUCAAGAAAAUCAGGCCAAAUGGGAUCUGCGAGAUGUGCUCAAGUUCAAGCUUCUGCCGCACUUUCGACUGCCGGGCGAGCAGCUCGUGACGGCUGAUUUCAAAAGCGCUUAUAUCACGAUCGAUGGCACUCCAGACGUCGAUGAUGACGGCGAAGAGAUACAAAACGCCGGUCUCAAGAUAGCCUGUGCGGCAGGACUGGCUCAAAUCACAACUACAAGCGGUGACGACAAGAAGACAUUCGACUUUACCGCCGAUAAAGCAGACCCUCCAAAGGAGUUCUUAUUCAACGACAUCAACGAACAAUACGACAACCAGCAGCCGCUCAAAAUCGAGGUUCUGGCAAUGAACGGCAAGGAGCGCGUUGUCGAUGCAUGGAAGCUCCUGAGGCAAGGGAACCAGUCCAUCCUCCGCAUCCCUCAUAGCAGCAUAGUCCUUAACAAAGAAUCCGCUAGAUCCGAUGAGUUCCAUGAGGAUACUGACGGCAACGACGACCAGGAAAGGUUUAUACCGUGGGCAUUUUUGCUGCGUGAGCGCGGUCACGAUGGCAAUCUGCAUCGCGCGACUUCGAUUGAUCUGCGAGUUGGGUGCACCAUGGAUGGCGCGAGGGUGUAUUUUGCCGAUGGCCACUAUGCAAACUGCGGUCCGAUGAUGAUGAACGGGGCGCGGCACGAGUUUGGUGGACAUGCCUCUGAACGCCACGAUAUCCCCGAGGGUGUGACAAUCGUUGCUGUAGAGGUUGCCACCGAGAGUCAAGGAUGGGGCAGCUUGGCUGGCAUCCGGAUGACGCUGAGCAAUGGCCAGGUCUGGGGAGAGCUCAACGCAGAGUCAAACGCCGAAAGCGUGGUCACUCUUAAGCCGGGCGAUGGGGAUGUUAUCGUUGGCUUCUAUGGACAGAGCGAUCGCCACUCUGGAUACACGUAUGAGUUUGGCAUCAUGACCGCACCAGAGGGGUUUGAGUUGCCGGAGCAAGUUUAUACCAUGCCGGAGCUGAAGAAUUCUUCCUGA